CAUCAUCCACAAGACAAAACCUUAUCUUCUUCUUCUUCUUCUUGUCGAUCUCUCAAAACAUGCUCUCUUUCUUCUCAAACCAGAUCGACCGGCAAAAAGCCGUCUCUAAAGAGGAAGAUACCCUAAACGAUCUCGAACGAUCCGAGGGUUCACAUUUCCCUGGCGAUGACUAUCGUCCGUCCGAUCGGAAAAACUGGAUGGCCGAUCUAACGGUGGAGAAACUAACUCUUAACAAGAUCGUAUGGCCAGGAACUCACGACUCAGCCACCAACGAAAUCGGAAUACCGUUGAUCUCUCGUCCCUUAGCUGAAUGCCAAACGCUCUCAAUCUACGAGCAGCUAGUUCUUGGCACACGUGUCCUCGACGUCCGAGUUCAAGAGGAUCGCCAAAUCUGCCACGGGAUCCUGACGUCAUACGACGUCGAUGUCGUCAUAGAUGACGUCAUCAGAUUCUUGUCUGAGACUCACUCGGAGAUCGUAAUCCUGGAGGUAAGGACGGAGUACGGACACAAAGAUCCUCCGGCGUUCGAGACUUACUUGGUUGACAAGUUAGGUCAAUACUUGAUUCAGCAAGACGAUAACUUGUUCAACAAGCCAGUAUCGGAGAUCUUGCCUAAAAGGGUUAUUUGCAUAUGGAAGCCGAGAGAGUCACCGAAGCCUAGCCGUGGUGGACUUUUAUGGAACUCAGAUUAUCUAAAAGAUAACUGGAUCGAUACGGAUCUUCCAUGGACGAAGUUUCAGAGCAACUUGAAGCAUCUGAGCGAGCAGCAACCGAUAUCUUCUAGAAGAUUCUUUUACAGGGUUGAGAAUACGGUUACGCCGAAAGCAGAUAAUCCAGUUGUGUGGGUUAAACCGGUGACUGAUCGGAUCCGAAAACACGCGAGGCUUUUUAUAUCUCAGUGUGUUUCUAAAGGAUGUGGAGAUAAAUUGCAGAUUUUGUCCACUGAUUUCAUCGAAGGAGAUUUCGUCGAUGCCUGCGUUGGACUAACUCACGCAAGAAUUGAAGGGAAAGUUUGAUACAACUCUGGAAACGUGGUUGAUCUUUUAGCAUUGGAACUAAGAUUAUUUGCUUUUGUGUUUGCGUGUAUCUUAAGUUACGUUAUUUAUUACAGUGUGUAUCUUUUCUGUUUUUCGGUAUACAUAUUAUUAGUCGUCAUAUCUUAAAUUGUAAAUAACUAGAACAUUUUCGUUCUGUUUGAAGAAUAUAUCGAGCAAAGGGAGAGAAUGCAGGGGAAUGUGUUCGGUUGAUAACUU